GCGCGCGUAGCCGCACGACCCGUGUCAGGAACAGCCAUGAACGCACUCGUCGCCACCAACGUCGUCAUCGCGCGCGCGUCCGCGCGCGCGUCGCGCGUCUCCCGCCUCGCUCGCGCCGCGCGCGCCGCGACCGCGCCGAGCUCGAUCGCUCCCGACAACGUCGCGCUCGCUCGCGCCAGGCUCGUGCGAUGCCGCGCGGAGGGCGAGGAGAAGGACACCAUGAGCUCGCUCGACGCCAUCCUCGGCGGCUCCCAGGACAAAGACGCGCCGGCUGAGGAGCCCGAGCCCGUCAAGGCCCCCGAGCGCAAGCCCGGAGAGGUGUCCGAGGCGAUGAAGAAGAAGCUCAGGGACGAGUACGUCGGCCUCGGAGGCACCCCCAGCAAGCCGAUGCCCAGCAAUCUUUUCCUGAACAUCUGUCUGUUCAUCUCGGCUAUCGCCAUCAUGGCCAAACUUAGCGGGGUCCUGGGCUGAUGAUUUUAUUGCUGUGGAGAGAUAGUAUCAGGAUUUUUGCCUAAAUGUGCUUAGAAUGUGU